AUGUCAGGGUUCUAUGAAUACGAAGGAGAACGAAAUGAAAAAGAAGAGAGACAUGGUUUUGGAAAGACAAUUUUACCGAAUGGCGAUAAAUAUGAUGGAUAUUAUCAACAUGGCAAAAGACAUGGGCAAGGCACAUACCGUUUCAAGAACAAGGCCAGAUACAUAGGUGAAUAUUAUAUGGCCAAGAAACAUGGACAGGGAACUUUCAUCUAUCCUGACGGUUCGAAAUAUGAAGGCAGCUGGAGCGAAGACCAACGACAUGGACAUGGAGUUUAUACGUACAUGAAUGGCGACAAGUAUGAAGGAGAAUGGCGAAACAAUCUCAGGCACAAAAAAGGUACAUAUGUGUAUGCUGAAUCUGGAAGCAAGUACUUUGGCAUGUGGCAGAAUGGCAAGCGAGAAGGACCAGGGCAAUUUAUUCAUGGAAACCACAAAUACAUUGGAAUGUUUAAAAAUGACAUUCCUGCAGGCCCUGGAAAGUAUGUGUUUGAAGUUGGGUGUGAGCAACAUGGAGAUUACAUAGUGGAACAUUCCAAGGAUGCCGCUGUUGGCGGUACAGGAACAGCAAGUCCCGCGCCCUCCUCUGUACAACCUACCAUGGACCUGCGACGUGUGGUGGAGACUCAGCAGGAACAGAUCAAAAUGCUAACGCUGUAA